GUCUCUACUAGAAUCACAUUGCGCGUAUCUUAAUAUUAAUCCUAAAUUUGUGUUAAAACACUUUCUCUUGGCUUAGUUAACAUGCAGUCAGGGGUAUAAUCAAAAUUAAUAGACCAGUGUUUGUAUUUUCGCUUCAAAGUUUAUUUGCUGCUUUAUUAUGCGUUCUCUUGCCGCUGUCCGUGGGGUAGAACCCGUUCAGGAGUUGGCGAUCCCGUCUUCCAUCGAAGGCGACGGGAAUUCUGAUGCCGAAAUGGCUGGAGCGCAGGAUACCAUAUACCUCUGCAACUUCCGCGUGUCAGUAGAUGGCGAAUGGCUAUGUCUGAAGGAGCUACACGACAUGGAGAUGCAGGAUUCCUAUAUCCGACCCUCUGAUAAUGGUGCGAUCACUUCUCCGGACGAUCCUAUGCAUUCAUUGAUGGCUCGUGACCCAGUGGUGAUAGAACGUAGCAAUCUCGUGAACAUCUCCAAGCUGAUUGUAAAGGAAUUGAUUGAACAAUCCCUCCGCUAUGGCCGGAUGCUCGACAGCGACCACUUACCGCUACAUCACUUCUUCAUUGUUCUCGAACAUGUCAUGCGUCACGGCCUCAAACCAAAAAAGGGACUCCUCGGGCCGAAGAAGGAGCUGUGGGACAUCUUGCAAAUGGUUGAGAAAUACUCUCCUGAGGCGGCAGAUAUUACAGCAAGUGUGCGGGAUUUGCCCACCGUUAAAACGGCCAUGGGACGCGCCAGAGCUUGGCUUCGCCUGGCACUGAUGCAGAAGAGACUUGCCGAUUAUCUAAGGAUAUUGCUGGAGCACCGUGAAGAAACGCUGGAGGAAUAUUUUGAACCCCACGCCCUGAUGCUGAAUGAGGAAGCGGUCAUCAUAACGGGUCUACUUGUUGGAUUAAAUGUCGUUGACUGCAAUUUGUGUGUCAAGGAAGAAGAUUUAGACAGUCAGCAAGGUGUGAUCGACUUCUCUCUAUACCUGCGCGGGAGCAGCUCCUCCCACGAUCUCGCGAAUAACGGCAACAAUGGAAAUAACGAGCCCAAGCAACGACACAUCAACACUAUGCUCGAUCAGAAGAAUUAUAUUGAGGAGCUGAAUCGACACCUUAAUGCCACGGUAGCGAACCUGCAGUCAAAAGUGGAAGGCCUGACAACAACCAACGCUCUCAUGAAGGAAGAUCUAGCAAUCUCCAAGAACACAAUGAUACAGCUGGUUGAGGAGAAUAAUCAAUUGAAACACGCUUUAGGUCAAGACAUUACUAAAGAUAGCAGGAUCAAAGUGACCGAGUUGCAUGAAGAGGAGGAAAAACGCAGCGUGAAAAGUACAACGUCAGACAAAUCGAAAAGCGACAAAGACACGGAAUCUGCGAAACUUUUGGAGGAGGAAAGGAAGAAGAAUGCGGAACUUCAGAAAGAACUUGACUUGCAAAUAUCGCUUAAGGCAGAAAUGGAGGUCGCAAUGAAAUUGCUAGAGAAAGAUAUACACGAUAAACAAGACACAAUUAUCUCACUUAGGCGGCAGCUAGAUGACAUAAAACUGCUCAAUUUGGAAAUGUACAAAAAAUUGCAGGAAUGUGAAAGUUCCUUGAAACAUAAAACAGAACUAAUAGCCAAAUUGGAAGCAAAGACUGAAUCAAUGGGCAGCACGAUACAUCAACUCGAUGAAAAGUUACAGGAAGAUAAGACUGUUAGGAAGAGUCUGGAGGACACUGCUCGAUCGUUAGGACAAAAGGCGGUGACCGCUGAAACAAGAGCCGUGGCUGCUGAGAGUGAUCUUCGGAUAGAGAGGGAGUGGCGAAUAUCAUUGCAGGACUCAAUGAUACGGGAUCGCGACAAAAUAUCGGCGUUGACACAAGAAAUAGAAUCAUUAAAAUCAAUAGGACAAAAAUAUAUGGCCUUACAAGAAGAACAGCACCAACUUAGAGUUCAAUACAGUGAUGCGCAAAAAACUCUGGAAGAAGUCGGCGCUACGUUAUGUGAGAACAAAUUGCAACUGGCCGAGUUGUUAGAAAAAGAAGCGAGGGCUGUACAAGACGACACUCCAAACUGGACUAGCGAUAAGGACGCCUCAGCUUGUGCGGCGUGCGCUAAAGAAUUCACUAUUGCAAGGCGGAAGCACCACUGUAGAAGAUGCGGCAACAUUUUCUGUGGAGCGUGUAGUGAAAAAACCGUAGCGUUAGCUGGCAACACCAAACCUGUUAGAGUGUGCGACGCAUGCUUUGUCGAGGUUCGACUAACGUAACCCAAGACCCAUAUAUAGAGGUUGUGGUAUGACAAAGACUUAUGUAGAAAUUUAUAUUAUAAACUGGAAAAUUAGCAAAAAAGAAUUCAACGGACAUGGUUGUAAGAAUAUAUCUAUAGAACAAUUUACCUAAUAUUUUAAAUAAUAUAUGGAUUAGGAUUUUUUAACUUCUAUACAAGGGCAACAUUCAUUCCUUGAUAUAGUAAACACACUGUAGUUUAAACAACGAAAUCAUGCGUAGUUAUCCUGAGGAAAGCGAACGAAGGACUGAAAUAAAAACACAUAAGUUUUUAUUUCAAUGUCUAGACUCAAAGGAACAUACGCGAAAGUGGGCACAGUGUUCAUGAUUUUACUAUUCCGUCAAUAGAUGGCGCUAUUAAAUGUAUAUUAUUAACAACUAAUAUUUAUUCAAGAAUAUUUUCGUUUGUUGUAAAGUGUAUUCACCGUUGGGUACACGAGUCUUAAUCCCAUAUAUUCAAUCGUUAUCCAUCCAAUAGUUGUCUAAUUCGUCUAAAGUAUCGCUUGCGCAUAAACCUUAAUCUAGUUUUGAUAGAUGUAAAAUCAUAAAGUUACCGAUAUCCAGAUUGAGUAUUCUGAUAAAUGAGCUGGGUCUGGAUAUCCAUAGUUGCUCCCCUCACUAAUUUAAAUCGAUUUCGUUUAGUUUUAUUAUAUAAUUUCGUUUAUUUUUUAUUAUCUCUUCGGGAUAUGCUUGUCAGAUUAAUAAUUGUAUCUUUUCUUGUACCAAUGUAACCAAGCUUUUAUAUAUAAAUAAAGAUUCUUACAGGACAUACGAAUUAUAUUUCGUAUAUGUCCAAUGUAGUCUACGUUCUUUACAAGAAGCGACGCAGAAUGUUUGAAUCAAUAUGGCGGUAACCGUCUUUAUCAUUAACCCUUAUUUUUAACGGUGGCCAGGUUUUUUGUGAAGAGCGUGGACUGUUAUAUUACUCAAGUUUUAAUCUGUUAAAAAAUAUUAGCGGUUUUAUAUCAAUUAUGUUUUUAAAUUGCUUACUUCAUAGUUCUGCCAAGAGGUGGCGCUUAUAUUAACUGCAAAUCUUUAUUCUUAAAAGUUAUACUCAAGUGCUCGUUCGGCCUAUACUGUAAUUAAAAAAGUUAAUAUGAAAUCAUACGAUGUAUUAUGUAAGUUAAUUAAUUAGCUAACUUAAUAAUCUUGAUUUUAUAGAAGUCGUAACAAACUUAUUAGCUUAUCCAUUAAAGGAUACCAUCCUUAUUUAUAUAUUAUACUUAUUUAUAUAUAUCAUAACAAUAAGCAGUGUUGGCCUAGUGGCUUUAGCGUGCGACU